UCUGCGAGCGCCCGGCGUGUCCCAGCCCUGCGCGAUGCAGCCGCCCUGCGCUUUGUGCUCCGCGCCGCGCGGGGCGGGCAGCGCGGGGCAGCCCGGGGGGAGGAAAUAAGUUCGGAGGAGGAGGAGGACGACCCGUUUUCUCACCGGGACGAAAUCUUUCCCAAGCGGGGCAUCUCUCCCUGACACCCCGGGGCGGAUCAAGUCACUCCCUGCUGCAAACUUCCCCGGAUCGUCUCCCGCGCACCAGAGAGAGACGGGCAGAGAUUGGGUCGGGGAUUCUCGUCGCGGCAGCAUGUUUCAGCCCACACCCAAGCGGUGUUUCACCAUCGAGUCGCUGGUGGCCAAAGACAGCCCCUUGCCCGCGUCUCGCUCCGAGGAUCCUAUCCGGCCGGCGGCGCUCAGCUAUGCCAAUUCCAGCCCGAUGAACCCUUUUCUCAACGGCUUCCACUCCACUGGCAGGGGGGUCUACUCCAACCCGGACUUGGUCUUUGCAGAGGCCGUCUCCCACCCGCCUAACCCGGCCGUGCCGGUCCAUCCCGUGCCCCCUCCUCACGCCCUGGCCGCCCACCCGCUGCCUGCUUCGCACUCCACGCACCCGCUCUUCGCCUCGCAGCAAAGGGACCCCUCCACCUUCUACCCGUGGCUAAUACACCGGUACCGGUAUCUGGGCCACAGGUUUCAAGGGAAUGAAACCAGCCCGGAGAGCUUCCUAUUGCACAAUGCACUGGCCAGGAAACCCAAACGGAUCCGUACAGCUUUCUCCCCAUCCCAAUUACUGAGACUGGAACAUGCCUUUGAGAAGAACCAUUAUGUAGUAGGAGCGGAGAGAAAACAGCUGGCACACAGCCUCAGCCUCACAGAAACUCAGGUAAAAGUAUGGUUUCAGAACAGACGGACAAAGUUCAAGCGGCAAAAGUUGGAAGAGGAAGGUUCAGACUCACAACAGAAGAAAAAAGGGACUCAUCACAUCAACCGGUGGAGAAUCGCCACCAAACAGGCCAGUCCAGAGGAAAUCGACGUCACGUCGGACGAUUAAGAACUGGCUCUUUGGGACUUUUCAAAGCCAAGCACCCCACUAACCGAAAGUGUUAAAGGCUCACCCCCCCCGGCGUGGCGGUGCGGGGAAGGACACGGAGAUCUUCAUCAAAACACGAUUCCCGUCUGGGAGGGAGCUGGGAGCGAGCGAGGGGCAGACAGCGAGGGGUCCGAACUGUGACACUGCCGGCACCGCUCUGGCAAGGGGGAUCUGUCAAUCAGAGCCAAAACAGCGGGACGAAGUGAUUGACAGGUAUUCCGUUUAUCGCAGUCCACUUUUAAAAGCAUAACGUCAAAAAAAUUUAAAAAUAUAUAGAAAAAAAUGUUUUAAAAAAAAAAAAAAGAGAAGCCGCCCCCCCCAUCCAAAUCAGAAAAAUUACCACCUUACUGGACAUUUUGCACUUCACAGUUUUUUCCGUCUUUGAAAGAGAAAUUUCCAUAAGCAGCCAAACCCCACACCUGUUUCAGAAACUUGAAUUGCAUGUGUAAAGCCGUCUGGGCAAAAAAAGAAAAAAAAAAAAAAAAAAAAAAAAAAGCGAAAACAUUACUCCAGUUCCUAAAGACAGAAAUUAAUUGUAAUUUUUUUUCCCUUUAAGACCGGUUCCGUGUGCUUUUUAAUUUUAUUUUACGAGAAAUGUGCAGUCUGUAACCAUUUUAUGAUAACUUCUGGCGUCAAAGUGUUUGUGAAAGCUAAAUGAAGUAGCAGUAACAA